UCCUCUCUCCCAUCCUCCCUUAAACCGCCAUUUUUAACGGCCUCUCUCUCUCACUCACUCUCUCUCUCUCUCUCUCUCUCUCUCUCUCAUGCUGCUUUCUUUCUUGCUCAGGAAAGAGAACCCUAAGACCACCCGCAGCCCUCUCUCUCUCUCUAUCACUCCGUGUGGAAAGACUCUGCGUUAAUGUGUGUGGCGUUCUUGAGAUUCAUCCUAGGGUUUCGAGUCCUCGCCUUCCCCGUCAAAUGCAUCUCUAGGGUUUCUUACUUCAUCCCUUCUCUCUCCAUCUGCACAAGUCAAAUGACUCUCCCCCACUUCCUCACUCUGCUCCUCCUCCUUCUCGCCUGCUCCUCCGGAUCCGACUCCGAGUCCGACUCUGCCUCCCUCCUCGAGUUCAAGAAGGGCAUCAAGCUCGACCCCCUCGGCAAAGUCACCUCCUCCUGGACCCUCCACUCCGACGACUCCUCCUGCGCCUCCUCAUGGACCGGCGUCUCCUGCUCCCCCGACGGCCGCGUCUCCUCCCUCUCCCUCGACGGCCUCGACCUCUCCGGCGACCUCAAGUUCACCACCCUCAUCCCUCUCUCCAUGCUCAUCAACCUCACCCUCUCCGGCAACAACUUCACCGGCCGCAUCGCCCCCUCUUUCGGCUCCCUUGGCUCCCUCCAGCGUCUCGAUCUCUCCCACAACAGCUUCUACGGCCCCAUACCCGCCCGGAUCAACGACAUGUACAGCCUCAACUACCUCAAUUUGUCCAGCAAUGGGUUCUCCGGCGGCUUCCCGGACGGAAUCCGGAACCUCCAGCAGCUCAAAUUCUUCGAUUUGCACUCCAACGAUCUGUGGGGUGACGUCGGCCAGCUUCUCUCCGAGCUGAGGAACGUCGAGUUCGUCGACUUGAGUAACAAUAAGUUCUUUGGGAGCGUCUCCAUCGGAGAGAAGAAUGUCUCGAGUAUAGCGAACACUCUGCAAGUUCUGAACUUGAGCCGCAAUAAGCUGAAUGGGGAGUUCUUCGAUGCCGAUUCGAUAAAGAGGUUUAGGAAUUUGAGGGUUCUGGAUUUAGGGGACAAUCUGAUCACCGGGCAGCUGCCGUCCUUCGAUUCGCUGCCCAACCUUCAGGUCGUGAGACUGGGGAACAAUCUUCUGUCCGGGUCAAUACCCGAAGAACUGCUUGACAGCUUGAUCCCGCUGGAAGAAUUGGAUCUCAGCGGCAAUGGCUUUACAGGCUCGAUCCCAGAUAUUAACUCUUCAACGAUGAGUAGUUUGAAUCUCUCUUCAAAUCACUUAUCUGGCUCUUUGCCUAGUUCCAUUGGAAGGUGCCUCAGGCUGGACUUAAGCAGAAAUAUGAUCACUGGCAACAUAUCGACUGUAAAGGACUGGGAAACGCCAUUGGAGUACCUAGAUUUGAGCUCCAACAGUCUCUCGGGAAGCUGCCCGGAUAUGGCUUCACAUUACAGGAGCUUAAUUACACUUAGACUUAGCAACAACUCCUUGAUAGGUGCUUUGCCAUCUCUGCCAAUCUUCUGGAAAUUGUCUACCGUCGACCUUAGCUUGAAUAAACUUGAAGGGGAGAUCCCCCCUGAGUUCUUCAUGUCGGCUCUGAACUACUUAAAUCUUUCAAGGAAUCAGUUUAAUGGAUCAAUUCAGCUCCAGAGAUCAAAUGUAAAUGAACUGUCAGUUGUGCCCUCAAUACGGCCUAUGGAAUAUCUUGAUCUCUCAGAUAACAAGUUAAGUGGCCCAUUGUCUGCGGAGAUUGGUGAAUUGGUGUCACUCAGAGGGCUCAACCUUGCGAGAAACUCACUGUCAGGUCAACUUCCCAGUGAACUGAGCAAUCUUACUUUCUUGGAGCACCUUGAUUUGUCUGGCAACAAUUUCUCUGGCACAAUUCCCAAGAAUCUCUCGCAAAAUCUUAGUGUAUUCAAUGUGUCAGACAACAAUCUAUCAGGGGAUGUCCCAGAGGAUCUCUUCCUGAAGUUUCCUUCAUCGUUCCUGGGGAAUCCCUUGCUAAAACUUCCCAGUGGUCAUAAGCUACCUAAAGUCGAUGGGAAUUUUGAAAACAAGCAGCGCCAUUCUUCGAAGAAUAGCGCGAGAGUGGCGAUUAUCGUUGCCUCCGUGGGGGCUGCUGUGAUGAUUAUUUUUGUUGUUAUUGCAUAUCACCGGUCUCAAACGAAGGACUUUCACGGAAGGAGUGCAUUCAGUAGCAGCCCAAGGCCUUCUUCCCUCUUCAAGUUCCAUUCGAGCGGUCAGCCCCCACCCACUUCAUUGAGCUUCUCGAAUGACCACUUGCUGACUUCGAACUCGAGAUCUUUGUCGGGGCAACAGCCAGAACUCCCAGCUGAGAUCGUCGAGCACUCUUCGGUCCCUUCAAAUCCUCCUAAUUUAAUGGACGCAUACCCUGCAACCACAUCAGGAAGAAAAUCAAGCUCUCCUGAUUCGCCUACUGUAUCUUCUUCGCCGAGAUUUAUUGACGUCUGUGAACAGCCAGUUAUGUUGGAUGUUUACUCACCAGAUCGACUGGCAGGAGAGCUAUUCUUCUUAGACCCUUCCUCGAUGGUGUUUACUGCUGAGGAGCUGUCACGAGCACCAGCAGAGGUUCUCGGGAGAAGCAGCCAUGGAACUCUAUAUAAGGCCACUCUCGAUAAUGGGCACAUGCUGACUGUGAAGUGGUUGCGGGUCGGGCUGGUCAAGAACAAGAAGGAGUUUGCAAAGGAGGUUAAGAAGAUUGGGUCGAUGAAGCAUCCUGGGAUUGUUCCCUUCAGGGCUUACUACUGGGGCCCCAGAGAGCAGGAGAGGCUUCUUUUGGCGGAUUACAUCCACGGGGAUAGUCUGGCUUUACAUCUCUAUGAGACGACACCUCGGAGGCACUCUCCUUUAUCAUUCCGACAGAGGCUGAAACUGGCCAUAGAUGUUGCGCGAUCUCUCUCUUAUCUCCAUGACAAGGGCCUGCCCCAUGGGAACUUGAAGCCUACCAACAUCCUCCUCACUGGGACUGACUACGAUGCUCACCUCACUGACUAUGGGCUCCACCGCCUAAUGACACCCUCCGGCAUCGCAGAGCAGAUCCUAAACCUCGGGGCAUUAGGGUACCGGGCCCCAGAACUCGAGAAUGCCCCCAAGCCCAGCCCAUCAUUAAAGGCAGAUGUAUAUGCAUUUGGGGUCAUCCUGAUGGAGCUGUUGACAAGAAGAAGCGCUGGGGACAUAAUAUCAGGGCAAUCAGGGGCAGUCGAUCUGACAGACUGGGUCCGGCUCUGCGAUCAGGAAGGACGGGGAAUGGACUGCAUUGACCGGGACAUUGCGGCAGGGGAGGAGCAUUCGAGAGCGAUGGACGAGUUGCUUGCGGUAUCGCUCCGGUGCAUCCUCUCUGUAAAUGAAAGGCCUAACAUCAGACAAGUUUUUGAUGAUCUGUGUUCGAUAUCGGUUUGAUUCGAUGAUGGAAAAAAGGAAAUGUACAUGUGUGCUUGGAUUAGGUUUUUGUUUUUGUUUUUGUUAUUGGUUUCCUUGACCCCCCUCCCAAUUUUUUUUGUUCCUCCCUCAAAUUUUUCUUCCCCCUUUCUUCCCCCUUGAUUGGUUUUAGGCCCUGUUGCUAUUUUGGGCCUAAUUUAUCUCCAUUUUUUUCCCUCAUGGAAAUUCUAUUGUAAAGGGAUAUAUUUGAUCCAUUGAUUUAUUCAAGUGUUCGAGUUUGAUCUGAUCUUA